AGGCACGAUAGUGGAAACUCCAUCGGAAUUUCACUUAAACUGGAAUCAAACUGUCUCUGAACUGGAUUUCAGUGGACCUGGAAGAGGAGGAUUCCUUGAUUUUACAAUUGGACUUUAAAGGAUAAUUAGGGAAUAUCUUGGAAUCACAGUAUAGCCAGAAUUUGGGACUGGCUUCUUCAGCAAAUGGUCUGAUGGUAUUCUGGUAAGUUGAAUUUGGAGAAGUAGUAGUUCUGUGAUAAACUUUAACAGGUCAAGAACAGGUUCACCUUUUUUUCAUAUUCGAAUACAUUUAGGAAAAGUCUUGAAGAUAAUGCAUGGCUAUAAAUAAGACUUUUAGUUUGACUUUUUUUUUUACUCCCUGUUGGCAUACAGUCUUAGUUUGAUAUUAAUUAUACAUUUUGUAGUUUUCAUUCUGACUCGCAAAAAAUGAUUGAAAAGAAAGACUGAGCAAGACAUUUAUUUGUUUUCUAAACAAAUCUUCCCUGGAAGUUUUCCAAGUGAUUUGCAUACCCUGAAAAGGCUUCUGAUAAGCGUUAAAAUCCAGACUGGAGGCUGGAGCCAAUCUCACUGGAGGAAGAGCAAGAGCUUCCGCUGAUCACCUCCGUUGCGGAUGUCUGAUUUGGAAGUCUUGAAGUAAUUGUGGAUCUUUAUUUUUGUGAAGUCUAAGGCUCUAUUCUCAUUCCUGACUGUAAACCCAUCAGACAUUGUCAUUAUCAGACAGCCCUUCCAAUAUCAAGCUAGACAGUGUCGUUCCACUAUGAAAAACAAAGUUCCUUAUUUUAGUAAACUGCACAUUUGUGUUUGAAACUCCUUGCAGGUCUAAACUUUUUUUUCCAGACAAUUGAUUCUCUUUACCACUGGAAUAAAAAAAAGAAUCCUGUUAAUUGUUGUCAAUAACCUCCUCCACUUUUGACACUGAUGUAUGUCCUGUGUACUCUGGUGGUACUGUCCUUACAAAGCCUGCUCAAGGGGCGUAGCAAAGAGGCUGUGCCAGGAAGCUCGGGUCAAGUGUCUCCCAAAAAGGGUUCAGGACCCCCUAAAGAUGACAGUGGCCAUCACAGUGGGUACCAGCCCAAGGGGGGCUGCAAGAAUAACUACAGAGCCCAGGAGGAGUGUAGGACCACCACCAGCAGCCAGAGCCCCCCAAAGGAGCUCUCCGGAUGUGAGCAGCCAGCCCAGAGUCAGCACUCCGUUUUCGAAUCGGGGGUCAUGCUCGGCACACGCAAGACCUGGGAACUUGGCCACACCCCCAGCCUGCAGGAGCUCUGGAAGAAGGACUGCUCAUUGGACAGAAGCGCUGUGGAUUUCCUGAUGGGUGACGGCGAGGAGGAGAGCAGCACCUACAUCCCCUUGCAGCCCUCUCUGUUCCAGGGCAGAACGAUGACCAUGGAUCACCAAGAACCCAACAACGAGCAGGAGCAGCAGCUCGUCAUACAGGCCAUGCAGGAGAAGGUGUGUCACUUCCAGGCUCGGCUCCUCAGCGAGGAGGCCAGUCGCAAGCUGCAGGUCCAGCUGAUGCGGAAAGCCCACGAGCAGAACGUCCACGAGAAGCUGGCCCUCAUCAAGAGCCUGCAGGAGGUGGUGCGCGAGCAGGAGAGCCAGCUCCGCAAGGGGAAUGGAACUGCGGCGAGGAGGUCCAGCUUGGGCUCCCGACCUCCUCCCUCAGUCCAGCGGCUGGUGGAGUCUCUGACCUCAACCCAGGAGGAGAAGAACCGGCUGCAGGAGGACCUGCUCUCUGCUCAGGAGAGGCUGUGCAGUCGGGAGAGUGAGCAGCAGGCCCUGAUCCACAGACUGCGGGACCAGGUUGAAGACCUGAAGGAGAAGCUGUUGGACCAGGCAGGGGAGGUGAAUCGACUGCGCUCAGAGCUGGGAGCGACAGACUUGGAGAAGCAUUUAGAACUCCUGGAAUCUGAGAACGAAGAGCUGAAACAGGAGCUGAGCGUCUGCCAGUCCGCUCUGCAGGAGCUCCAGGGAGCUCGCUCAGGCUGUGUGGACUGCCAGCACAACCAGGACCUGCGCACGGGCCUGGCCCGGCUGGAGGCGGAGGUUGGGCAGAAAGACCGCAGGCUGGCGGAGCUGCAGCUGAGCCUGGAGAGGAAGGCCAGCCAGGUCUCUGAGCUCAACAGGCAGCUGGAGGACUCCCGGCAGGAAAGGGAAGACCUGGAGGAUAGGCUGAGGGACUGCCAGCAAGCCCUGGCCAAGCAGGCCACCCAGGUCCCACAGGUCAAGUAUGUCACCAAGACAGUGGAGGUGGAGUCGAGCCGGUCCAAGCAGGCUCUGUCAGAGGCUCUAUCUCGGAACCAGUACCUGCAGGAGCAGGUGGGAGUGCAGAGGCAGCUCCUGAGAGAGCUGGAACAGCAGCUGCAGGACUCGCAGAACACCGCGACGCAGCUCCGUAAGCAGCAAUGCGCUGACAGGAGCCAUCUUUGUGGGCUGCUCUCUAGAGUAGUGGGGAGUCGCAGUGGCACGUUGGUUCGUAGGUUGUCAAAGAUCAUGCUGUACGAGAGCGAGAUUGAGCGGACUCGGGGCGAGCUGGUGGACGAGAUGCAGUGCUUAGAGGAAGAGAAGAACCGCGUCAUCGAGGAGGCCUUUGUGCGAGCCGAGAGCGAGAUGAAGGCAGUCCAUGAGAACCUAGCCGGGGUGAGGAUGAACCUACUGACUCUGCAGCCUGCCUUGCGAACUCUCACCUGUGAUUAUAACUGCCUGAAGAGACAGGUGCAGGACUUCCCCUUCCUCCUGGAGAAAGCCAUCGGCGAAGCCAGGCAGGAGAUCUGCCAGGUAAUCGGGGAGGUCAGCGCCACCAACCAGGACCUCCUGUCCAAGUACAAACGGGAGAUGAUGCUGAGGAAGAAGUGUCACAACGAGCUGGUGAAGCUGAAAGGAAACAUCCGUGUGUUCUGUAGAGUCCGUCCUUCAUCCAAGGAGGAUGGUGAUGGGCCUGACUCCAAGAACGUGGUAACCUUUGACCCUGAAGACGAUGCCCUAAUGAGCAUAUGGCACAAGGGGAAGCCAAUAGCGUUUGAGCUGGAUAAAGUCUUUCCUCCGCAAGCGACGCAGGGAGACGUUUUCCAAGAAGUCCAGUCCUUAAUCACUUCCUGCAUUGACGGCUACAAUGUCUGUAUAUUUGCCUAUGGACAGACAGGCUCAGGGAAGACCUACACCAUGGAGGGCGUCCCGCAGGAUCCAGGGAUUAACCAGCGGGCGCUGCGGCUGCUGUUCUCGGAGGUGGAGGAGAAGGUGUCGGACUGGGAGUUCACCAUCACUGUCAGCAUGGUGGAGAUCUACAACGAGACACUGAGGAAUUUGCUGGGAGACAACCCCAAUGAAAAGCUGGAUAUUAAAAUGUGUCCGGAUGGCAGCGGGCAGCUCUAUGUUCCCGGACUCACAGAGUUCAAGGUUGAAAGUGUGGAUGAUAUCAACAGGGUGUUUGAGGUGGGUCACAUGAACCGGGCCACUGCCUGCACCAACCUGAACGAUCACAGCUCCCGCUCCCACGGGCUGCUCAUCAUUACAGUCAGCGGGAUCAACUGCACCACCGGCAGCCGCAGCACGGGCAAGCUGAACCUGGUGGACCUGGCGGGUUCAGAGCGCAUUGCCAAGUCCGGCGCGGAGGGCAGUCGGCUCAGGGAGGCACAGUGCAUCAACAAGUCUCUGGCAGCGCUGGCAGACGUCAUCCACGCCCUGCGCUCCAAACACGGGCACAUCCCCUUCCGCAACUCCAAACUGACAUACCUGCUGCAGGACUCGCUGAGCGGAGACAGCAAGACACUCAUGAUGGUCCAGGUCUCUCCAGUCGAUAAGAAUGUGAGCGAGUCGGUUUGCUCCCUGAAAUUCGCCCAGAGGGUUCGCUCAGUGGAGCUGGGUCCGGUCACACGCAAAACAGAGUACCAGUCCUCCACCUCCUCGUCUCCCACCCCCACUCAGGAAAGCCUGGAGGUGGAUUCUCCACCAGAAACCCCAAUGCCCACUGUGUCGACGCGCGGGCCUGUUACUGCCUCUGGACGGACAGGGGGCAGCACCAGGAGGAAAGUCCCCCCCUCCGUGACGAGUAACAUUGUAGAGAAAGCACUACAAGGUCCUACCUAGAAGGAAGAGUAAAACUUACAGCCUGAUGUGGAAAGGGGCCUGUCAUCCUGGAAUUUAUUUUAUUUUUUAUUUUUUUGGUCCCUGGAUCUUCUGCCUAUACCCGUUUAUCCACUGGACUGUGCACUGAUCAGCUGAAGGACUCAAUUUCAGUGUGCAAUUUCAGCAAGGCUGUCUCCUUAUUGCGGAUUCCUGCUAGAACGGGAUCUUCUAGAGGUGACAUGGUCUGUGGCACAGAACUGAGACUUCCUGUCUUCAGCCUUUGCCAAUAAGCUGAACUGCUGCCUUUUUAGUUGAGGUUUUUUGACUUUUGGAAGCUUGGAAAG